AUGGUUAACUGUCAGGGAUGGAAGCUUCCUGAUUUCAUGUUUGCAACUAAAUGUAGUUUGUCUGAUGCUUGCACAUCUAUUGGUAAUCAGAUGGCAAAGUUGUAUGGAACCAUUGAUAAUGUAAAGAAGAAAUUAUCUUCAAGAAUGAACCGUUUAGAUGAAACAUUAGACGAAUGUGCUGCCCUUUCUGAAAGCACCAGGGAGGAGAUAUCUCUAACUCAACAGAAGGCAGAUAUGAUAAGUUUCAAGUCUGUUCAUGUUGCAGUCCGUGUUUUGCUUGAUUACUUUUCUUCCCAGGAAUCUAGAAUUAAAAAAAUAGAAGAGAAACAGGUGGCUACAACCGAAGGAGUAACCAUGUUGUGUCAAUUUACAAAGACUUUGGAAAAUAGCAGAACCAUAGAGUAUAUCCAGGCACGAACCAAGCGGUUCACAGUCGGUUCGUCUAGGCUGUCAUUUGAGUUACCUUCUGUUACGCCAUCAGCAAAGGCGCAUUUGACCCUGGACCAGUUAUUCUAG